UGUUCUGAAUUGGCGUAUGGGACAAAUAACGGAAUUUUGCCUCGAAAUGAUAUUAUGGAGCAAUCUUCCUCUCAACAAAUGGACAUUUCCGUUACUUCAAUGGAUACUUCCACCAAUAAUGACAAAAAACCUGAUCGUAUGGAACAACUUUUGAAGGAAAUUGAGGAUGAAGUUGGACAAAAUGAUGAACAAAAGCUGGACAAGAAAAAAGAUAAACCAAAACGUCGAAUACACAAAUCUUCACCAAUUAAUCCAACCAAAUUAAAAUCAAAAGCUAGACGUAAACUUCUUCAAGUAAUUCCAGAAACACCCGAAAAGUCACAAAAUAAAGAAGCAGAAGAUUCUUUUGAAGUUGUUAAACAAACACCUUUGAGUAAAAUAUCUUCAGAAAAUACUUCAUUAGCUUCAAAAUUAUCAGAAUUAUUAUUAAAAGAAGAAUCUAGAUUAGAAAAAUCACAACAACGAAAAAGAAAAUUAAAUUUUUCAAAAGAAGAGGGAAAUGAAAACAAAAUAAUAACAAAUAGAGAAAUUUUGGAACAAUGUAUAAAAAAUAAAAAUUUGGGGGAAGAUGAGGAUUUGACAAAGCCUAGUAGUUCAACAACAAAUAACAGAAAGCGUCAUUUAACACCUUCAGAAAUUAGUUUUACAAAUAAUCUUAAACAAUUAUCAAUAGCUACUAAAAAGCCUCGUCGUCGCCUAUUUUCUUCACAUUCAUCUUCAAAUAAUUCAAUUAGUUUUCCUGGGCAGAAAAAUGAUUAA